AUGGGGCGAAAGCUCUUCUUUGCUCAAAAAGAUGGACUUGGCAGAGAGACGCAACAGAAACUAGCCCAGAACAACGGCUAUGUUUUUGGUGCUCAUGCAGCUAGGGAUUCCAUACGCGAUCUAAACAGAAAGAUACCCAAGACAAAAAAGAUGCACUUUGAUGCCGUUGAACUCUGGAAUGAUUUCGUGACAAUAUGGGGAAUUGGAGGGUACAAAGAGGGUUCAGUGUGUGCGACGCCAGAUCAUGCGCUGAUAAAAGAGUUUCUUCGCUGGUACAGUCAUACGGCGCAAGGUAAAAAAAGCAAAAAUGGACGGCCAGUGAUGACAUCGGUAGUCAACUGUGCAGAAAGACUGUUCGGCGGGUUUGAAGAAAAAUUGCGGAUCACAAUUAUGAAGGAAGACCGCAGUGAGAUAUACAACUGGAUAAAGAGAACAUUGUCAGAAGCUGAAGGAACGGUUGAAAAUGUUGAGGAACCAGAUCACUGCUUUACUAAAAAAGAUUACCUCCGCAUGAUAUCCUCUAUGUGGCAGGCAGAUCAUCGCCGUUUCAUGCCUGGAUUGCUUAAAGCCACCAUCAUGCUAGCCCUCCAGUUGUACCUUUUCACUGGAGCCAGAAUUGGAGCUUUCAUCCCACCCCACGAGGAUAAAGACAAGAAAGGACUGAGAUACCAGGACAUCGAUCUGGUUCUGUUUCCAUCCACUACGGCACCUUGGAAAGUGGAAUGGAAAGUUAAUCAAAAGUGGCUCAAAGGGAAUCGAAACCCGGAUUACGCAGUAUUCGGAAUCGGUAUUCGAGAUACGAAAAAACCACAGUUCGCUUCUGGUUAUUUGCUCCUGGCUCUUGCCUUACAGCAUGGUGCCCUUUUUGGUAUCAAGUCUGUGGAGGACUUGGCUAAAUACGAUCUUUCGAGUGGAAAGCCUAUCGAAUUACGCUGGAGGGAUGAAUACUUGGAAAAGCCCGUUCUCAGGAACGUCACAGCUGUUGGUCCACAAGAUGUUCCGCUUCAUAAAGAGCGUUUUUGUGAGCUGCUGCGUGGAAUUGUCACCACUGCUGGCUACAGUAAGAGUAUAACCGUUCAUAGAAUUCGGAAAUAUCUUGGAAGUGUUAUUGAAGGAAGAUAUGGAUCGGCAUUGGUAUCUCAGAUAUACGGGCACAAAGAUGCAAGCACAUACCCCAAAGAGUAUCUACUACAUUGCUCUUCAAUUGAUACGGUUUCAGCUGUUCUAGGGGAAGAAGAACAGUCAAGCCAUGGUGAAUAUUUCCAAGGGUUCGAGAGAUUUUAUGAGCAAGGUUAUCCAGGGGAACUGCCUGCGGAGAUCGAAGCAAAUAUUUUGCAGAUGCCGGAACUGAUCGCCAUCAGCAGUCGAAUCGAACAACUUCAAGCCUUGAACAGUGACAAAGGGUCUAUAGCUGCCGAGAAGCUGAACUACAAGAAAACCCUGCUCCGACUUCGCAUUGCAGGCCUAAAAGGAUACCAAAACCGCUGGGUACGAGAGAGACGAGACCACAGAAUUCUCAAUAGGGGAAAAGAGGAGCCUCUCAUCAGUGACAACGAUGUUUCCACGCGUGCUCAAUUCUUACUCAUGCCCGAGCUUGCCAACAUCUCAUCAUUAAUGUCUUCUGACAAAGAGCUGUCGUUCGACAGAAUGCUCGCCUUCGUGGAUGAUCUGAAAACCCUCUGUGAGCGCGAUUUUGAUGUGGUCUAUCUUCCACGAGAAAGCCCAGUACAAGGGCGAUGUCCUGCAAAAGACUGCCUCAAAAGAAUGGAUUGUUUAAAAAAGUCUGACAGAAGUGCCCAUAUCCACAAUUGUGUUCAACGUGAGAUCGCUUUGGGUCUUCAAGUCCCGGAGUCACGGUUAAAGUUUUGUUACGAGUGCAUGGAAUGGCUGCAAGAAAUUCAGUGGCGGGAUCACUGUUCUUUUCAUAUCCAGUCAUGGAAAACACAGUGUUAUGAAGUCAUUGUGUACCGCCACACGAUUAUUCGGCCUGGCUACUGUCCCUUCUGCUUGUGGAAUGUAAAUCUAGAUCCAGAAGAUCGAUUCCAUCAGUGGUUGAAAAGUGGCAAUCUAAAACAACACAUUGAGGAGAAGCAUAUUGGCGAUGAGCCAAUUUGUGGAUGUGGCCAACGUUUCGACAAUGAACGUAGCCUUCGACAUCAUUUACAUGACACUCACAGGCUGAACAAAGCUAUAUGGCAGAACCCAAGACUCCCAAGAAAGAGAAAACGAACCAGCAAGGAAGAUACUUGCCUUCCUUCCAUGAAAAGAAAUAGUCAGAUCCGGAAGGAGCUUAGAUUCUACCGUUACCCACCUCCACGUCAUGAACACGAGUAUCAGAUGUCAGAUAAUAUUUUCCUGCCUGUCCACGCCUUACAUAAGUUCGUGGAAGAACAUCCAGAGAGAAGUUACCUCUCUAAUCUCACCAGCCAGCCAACCGAAAGCAUCAGAAGUACCUCAUUUGAGCCGAUAUCUUCUAAGGCUACGCCACCGUUGAACUUGUGGCCAAUAACGCCCGGAUUGGAAGUUAUCGAUCCUCAAAUCCUCGAAAUUGCUGACUCGGGUCAAGAGCAUGAAUUGAGGCACUAUGAUCUGAAUUAUACAUCGCUCAAUAACUCCGAGCUCUCUCCAGAUCAGCGCAAGGUUGGGAAUAGCCCACCUGGUCCUGCACAAAUUUCACAAGUUCCCGUUCGGCCCACUGCCAUCGAACCUACUCCUGAAGUUGAUAGCAAUGAUUUCCAGGGUGCCCAUGCUUCUAAUCACUACACAGAAAUUGAGCGCGAAACCUGUAGUCAUAUUCCAGGUCAAUUACGCUCUCCUGACACACCCGAAGGGGGGUUUGGCAUGAAAGUCAUGUCGCUCAGCGGCAUGAAAAAGUCACAGUGCUCCUUCACAAGCCUCAUAGAAAGCGAACCGACCGAGAAGGAACCCUUAGGCUCAAAUCACCCCGCCUUCGCUCUGGGAACCGAGAAAAAUUCAACUGCCACAGAUGACCACAAAAUUGAUCGUCAUGCCCAUCAACGAAUCUGCAAUAACAUCUCUCUUAACGUUGGAGAUCCCAAUAUUAGCCAUCCUGGACCACUCACGAGAGCCCAGGCAAGGCAGCAGCGGACUCAGUAUUGUGCAGUUGAUGAGAAUAAGAAAAGUUUACGAAAGACACUCAACGCGAAAGAGAAACGAAAAAUGCGUGUGUUUAAGAGCCAGAAUCACACUUUGGGGCAAAUCGCAUCCGAAUUUGCAGAUAUUGAUACCGCCAUUUUGCGGCAGGCUUGGAAGGAAAUGAAGGUUCCUCAGCGACGCACAAGAUCACGAGCUCAUGGAUGUAAUUGA